GGCCUUGUAGUCUACGAAUAUAUCAUAACAUUCAACCAAGAGGUUGCUGUGAUAUGGAGACGGAAGUUCUCGCUGGCCUCGGUGCUGUUGAUUACCACUCGGUGGAUCAUGGUUCUCGGCCCAAUUCUGAACACUACACCCUCGGCACAAACAUGGUGUGACAUACUUACUGUAAAAUUACAAGAAAUUGAACUGGUAUCUUGUGUAGUAUUCUCUGCCCUGCGUGUGUAUGCACUCUGGCGUGGAUCACGGAUGAAAUAUGUAUUUCAAGUUCUUGCCGUUGUACUCAUGCUCGGACUGGUUCCAAUUGGAACAAAUAUUUCAGCCUUGCUCAAAUUUGCACUCACAGUCAUCAUCAUGUACAUGUGCUGUGCAGUGCUCUGGUUCACAAGAUGCAGCUUGAUUGCUGCUGACAUCAUUGUUCUUGUGCUGACAUGGAUCAAGUCGUUUGAGCACUUCAAGGAAAUGCGCCGUCUUAAGCUCAAAUUGUCUAUCUCAGCUGUGCUGCUCCGGGACGGCAAGUAUAUUACUCUGUGUUGCAUAUGCCAUGAAAGUAACCCACACAACACUCUUCUAGGUGCCCUUUAUUUCCUGUAA